CUUGUGUCAGGAGUGAGAGGCCCGACGAUGUCUCUGGUGAGAAUAGUUGACUUGAGCUACGUCGUUGUGCCGGCCGAGGCCGAGCUGCCGCCGGAAGCUAUCAAGCUGAACGCCAUGGAAGCCCAGUGGGUGGUGCUUCCGCUGCUGCAGUACCUCAUGCUCUUCGAGGGCAGCCAGCUGCCACCCUUCGACAUGGUCCUCCGCUCCCUCCGGUCCUCCCUCGCGGCUACCCUGGCAACCUAUGCCCCGCUCGCCGGCAAGCUCGUCCAUCUCGCGGGCACCGGCGACGUCGCCAUACGCUGCUCAGCCUCGGACGGCGUCAAGUUUGUCGUCGCGGAGUCUAGCGCCGACGUCCGCCGCCUCGCCGGCGAUGAUGAGCACGACCUGCACGCGUUCGAACGGCUCGUGCCGGAGGUCGAGAUGAGUGAACUGCCGGCGUCGCUGCUGGCCGUGCAGGCCACGCGUCUCGAGGGGGGCGGGUUCGCUCUCGGGGUAACCGCGCACCACGGCGUCGCCGAUGGCCGGUCGGUGAUGAGGUUCGUCGAGGCAUGGGCAGCGGCGUGCCGGGGCGAGCGGGACACGCCACCUCCGGCACCGUCCUUCGACCGCUCGCGUGUCAAGCUCCCUAACGGCGACGAGCUGGCCCGGGGACUUCUCAGAAGGUGCGCGCCAAAUUUGCCUGUGGUAGCCUUGUUGUUGCAAGAUGGUCGCCGCCUUGGGUUUUGUCGUCGGACGUUCACAUUGGACGUGCACCAAAUUGAACGGCUGAAGCAGCACAUCGUCGCCUUGGCGAAGCCCAGGGGCCAUGGCGGCGCGCCCCUGUGUUGCCCACCGUCCAGCUUCGCCGCCGUCCCCGCGCUGGCCUGGACGUGCUUCGUUCGCUGUAAGCUCUUGGCGGGGGAAGAGGACGUGUUCCUCCUCUUCGCUGCCGACGUCCGGGACCGCUUGGACCCACCCGCCGGCUCGGAGUACUUCGGCGCGUGCCUCUCCGCGUGCGUCGCGAGGGUGCCAGCGCGGGAGCUCCUUGCCGAACGAGCCCUGGCGGCGGCCGCCGCCGCGGUCCAGGGCGCGGUGCCCGAGAUGGCGGAGGACCCCGCCGCCGGGUGGGACUUCAUCAACCUCCACCGCGUGGUGUCCAGGGACCGGCUGAUGAACGUGUCGUGGUCGUCGAGAUUCAGGGCCUACGAAGUUGCGGACUUCGGGUGGGGGAGGCCGCGGCGGGCGGAGCCGGUGACGAGGAACCGCGACGGCCAAAUGGCGCUGCUCGGCGCCAGGGACGGCAACGGAGUGCAGGUGUCGCUGUCCUUGCUCCAAAAGGCGCACAUGGACGCGUUCAUGUCGGAGUUCUUCAAACUCCUCGCCGUUCACUAUCAUUUACCCAAUGCAUACUUGCACCGACCCAGCUCGACAUUGAGCUUCCUAUUGUCUGCUUGCUUCUCCUCCAUGUCUCCGGUGAGAAUCGUCGACGUCAGCUGCGUUGCCGUGCCGGCAAAGGCUGCACUGCCACCGGAAGCCAAACUCAACGCCAUGGAAGCCCAGUGGCUGGUGCUUCCACAGCUGCAGUACAUCCUGUUCUUCGAGGGCGACCACCAGCAGCCGCCCUUCGACACCGUUGUCCAGUCCCUCCGGUCCUCCCUUGCGGCGACGCUGGCCACCUUCGCCCCGCUCGCCGGUAAGCUCGUCCACCUCGCGGAGACCGGCGACGUCGCCAUCCGCUGCUCCGCCUCCGACGAGGGCGUCAGGUUCGGCGUCGCGGAGUCCGACGCCGACGUCCGCCGCCUCGCCGACGAGGAGGAGCACGACGUGCAAACGUUCGAGCGGCUCGUUCCGGAGCUCGACAUGACCUUGCUGCCCGCUCCCGUGCUGGCCGUGCAGGCCACGCGUCUCGAGGGAGGCGGGGUGGCCCUCGGGGUCACCGUGCACCACGCCGUCGCCGACGGGCAGUCGCUGAGGAGGUGGAGGUUCGUGGAGGCGUGGGCGGCGGCGUGCUGUGGAGACACGCCGCCCGAGCCGCCACCAUGCUUCGACCGCUCGCGUGUCAGGCUGCCCGGCGGCGAGGAGCUUGCCCGUAGCGUCCUGAGGAAGUACACGCCGGACUUGCCCGUGGUACGUUCCUUCCAGCCGUACGCCGCGGACGAGGACGCGUUCCUCUUCUUCUUCGCCGACGUCCGCGACCGCCUCGACCCUCCCGCUGGCGCGGGGUACUUCGGUGCGUGCCUCAGCGGGUGCCUCGUCGCGGCGCUGCCGGCGCGGGAUCUCCACGGCGAGCGCGCGCUGGCGGCCGCGGCGUCGGCGGCGCAGGGCACAAUCGGCGAGAUGGUGGCGGACCCGGCCGGCGGGUGGGAGUUCCUGAGGAUCCCCGACGCCGUGCCCAUGGAGCGGCUCAUGAACGUGCCGGGGUCGUCGGGGUUCAGGGCGUACGAGGCCGGCGACUUUGGGUGGGGGAUGCCGAGGCGGGUGGCGCUGGUGAGGAUGAACCAGGACGGGCAGGUGGAGCUGGUCCGCGCCAGGGACGGCGCCGGGGUGCAGGUGUCGGUUUCCAUGCUCCAGCGGGAGCACGUCGACGCGUUCAAGUCGCUGUUCCUCGACCUCCUCGAAUGA